AUGUCGCCGCCGUAUGCCUCUUUGCUUCCUCGCAAUCCCGUCUACGGCUUUCCACCCGAGUCCUUCGACCCCUCCCAUUUACCAGACGUCGACACUGAAUUCGUCGACGCGCAAGACCUCGAAGCCUUUGAAAAGGCGCUACAAGCCCCGGAUCCGCUCCAGAGCCCGUCCGACGAUGCGGGUGCGCGAUCGCCUCGCAGCCCCAGCUCGUUUAGCUUAACCAAGAGGCCGUCGCAGGCUGAGGGCGGCCUUGCCGAUGAUGUGGCAGCCGUUGCAGCCGCUGCAGGCGCCGCAUCCGGCGAUCUUCCCGUGCUAUCGUCGAGUCAGGGACACCCGAGCCAAGGGACGUUUAUCACGGCGCAGAACGAUUGGGCCCCUGUGAACCCCAGAGUUUAUCGCCAUCGACGCGGAUCUAAGCGACACAAGAGAAAGCGCCGCAACGGCAAGGGAGCCGUUGAGGGCCUGCUGGGAACACGGACCAAGGAUGAGACCCGCGAAGGAUACCUAUACCAAGUAUCGAAGUGGCCGCUGCUCUUCUUUGUAUUUGCGUGGUUGACCGGCCUCGCGAUUGCGUAUCUCUCGACGAGAUUGUACAUCUGGGUAUAUGAACACUUUUUCACCUGGCGUGGAAAGCGAGAGAGCCUCCGACGGAACCUGCGAAAUACCGUACACUACGAAGAUUGGGUUACCGCCGCGAAGGAGCUCGACACUUACCUGGGCCGACAGACCUGGAAGGAGGAGAAUGAUUUCGCAUACUACGACUCCAAGACGGUUCGCAAGGUGUGGGAGCAGAUGAGGAAGACGAGACUCCGAGCAGAAGAGCAAGAAGAGAAGGGUGAACAAAGCGAUGGAGGCAAGGCUGUGGACGAUCUGAAGACUCUGAUCGAGGCCUGCGUCAAGAACAACUUUGUUGGAGUGGAGAACUCGAGGUUAUACAGCCAGACGUACUUUGGGACGAAGAAUUUGGUGCAGAACUUUCUUGAUGAAGAGCAAAAGAGCAUCAAGUUUCUUGCUAGCACCAAACAGCUAGAGAUGGAGCAGAAGCGGGUUCUUUUCAAGCAUGUCUACGCCAACUACGGAAGAACAGCGCUUUGCCUGUCAGGAGGUGCAGCCUUUGCCUACUAUCACAUUGGAGUUGUCAGGGCCCUCCUGGAUGCGGAUUUACUCCCAGAUGUCAUCACUGGCACCAGCGGCGGAGCAUUGAUUGCAGCCCUGGUGGCCACCCGCACGAACGAGGAGCUUAAUGAACUACUUGUGCCAGCACUCUCGGAGCGCAUCAACGCCUGCCGCGAGCCCUUCACUGUCUGGCUUCCGCGAUGGUGGAAGACAGGAGCCCGCUUCGACUCGGUUGACUGGGCUCAGCGAUGCGGCUGGUGGACGCGAGGUUCAAUGACAUUCCGAGAGGCAUAUGAGCGGACAGGCCGCAUCCUCAACGUGACCUGUGUGCCAGCUGAUCCGCACUCACCUACGAUUCUCUGCAACUACCUCACAAGUCCCGACUGUGUCAUCUGGUCGGCCGUUUUGGCAUCGGCUGCAGUCCCUGGCAUUCUGAACCCGGUUGUCCUCAUGAUGAAGACUCGAGACGGGACAUUGGAGCCAUACUCGUUCGGCCACAAGUGGAAGGAUGGCAGUCUGCGGACAGACAUUCCCAUCAAGGCGCUGAACACCCACUUCAACGUCAACUUCACCAUUGUCAGCCAAGUUAACCCGCACAUCAACCUGUUCUUCUUCUCCUCGCGAGGCUCGGUUGGCCACCCAGUAACGCAUCGCAAGGGACGUGGAUGGCGAGGUGGAUAUCUCAUGUCGGCGUUUGAGCAUUACCUCAAGUUGGACAUGAACAAGUGGCUCAAGUUUAUCCGUCACGCCGAGCUGCUGCCACGACCUCUUGGUCAAGAUUGGAGCCAGCUGUGGCUACAGGAGUUCAGCGGGACCAUCACUAUCUGGCCCAAGUCUAGAAUUUCAGACUUUUGGCAUAUCCUGACGGACCCUGAUGCACCACGUCUUUCACGGAUGAUUCACGAGGGCAAGCAGAGCGCAUUCCCAAAGCUCAAGUUUAUCGCAAACCGUCUCAUGGUUGAGAGAUUGAUUGAACAAGGUCGCCGCGACUCUCGCCCGUGGGUGCGUAGGGGAAGCAUCCAGACCAUCCUCAGUGAGGAGGAUCUUAGAAGCAUCCUUGCCGAGGAGAUGGGCACUGGAGCGACGACGGAGGAGGAGACGGAUGUGGAAGACCUCAGCGGGCUUGGACUUGGCAUGACAACCCUCGGCGAGGACACGUUUUACGAGGAGCCGAGGGAGAAGAGCGACUCGAGUCACGGAGACGCCAGCGAGUAA